GGUAGAAACGUCUAUAUGCCUUACCACUUGCUCCUUCUCCUUCUCCUUCUCCUUCCUUCCUCGAGUCUUCUCAGCCACCAAUAUUAAGCACGGAACGGGGGCUCCGCGCUCCUCUUGCAAUUUAUUUCUGCCUCACCUAACUCAAUUGUACCACUUCCUCCACCCUCUUCAAAGCGAUGACCACCGGCGUCAACAACGCCGGCGGCGCCGGCGCUAACACAUCAGUAAUCCUCGGCGGCUUCCACUACUCCAUCGAUCCCGACCUCAUCGAACAAAAACAGAGUCCCACCCCACCUUCCAAGCCCAGCCGAAGCCCCUCCACUCCGCCGGCAGUCCAUACCUCUGCAGCGACAACGAAAACCACAAGGACGCUGGUUAUCGACAAGACACUCGCCAGCGCAGCCAACCUAUCGAACCUCCUCCCAACCGGCACCUUUCUCAUCUUCCAAGCCCUCUCCCCUUCUUUCUCCAACAAAGGCCGCUGCUACAUCUCCAAUCAAUGCCUCACCUACGGUCUCCUCUUCCUCGGAAUCCUUUCAUGCGUCUUCUUCACCUUUACUGAUAGUUUACUCGGCCGCGACGGGCGGAUUUAUUAUGGCUUCGCGACGUCUGAGGGGCUUUACGUGCUGAAUUUCUACGGCGGGGAGGAGGAAAAAGGAAAGAUUUUUAGAGAGGAGGAUUUGCGGCGGCGGCGCCGGCAGUGGGUGGAUUGGGUGCACGCCGUGUUUGGAGUAUUGGUGUUUCUGGCGCUGGCGUUCAGCGAUGCGGAUAUACAGAGCUGCUUCUUCCCGAGCGCAGGGGCAGAUGCUAAGGAGCUGUUGGUGAAUCUGCCGCUUGGGGCGGGGGUUUUCGCUAGCUUGGUUUUCAUGGUUUUUCCGACCACCAGGAAGGGGAUUGGGUAUUCUGAUCUGGACAGUCAUUCCAAUUAAGCUUUGCCAUUG